GAACAAAACAACAUCGGGUGAGGUGGGUAUGGCUUCCGGGCGCAUUCCGCGCAUUCGUGGACCCACUUCCUUGGUGGCACCACUCUGGAGUGCCCAUCAUGGCCGACGGCCAGAGUCGGGGGCAUCCCUGGAUCAGGGGCUGGCCAGCGCUGAGGGCCUGCGGGUGACACCACCUGCCUGCUCCACUCACCCACGCCCUGCCUGCGGGACGGCAUGGCUGGAGCUCAGCGAGGACGAGGAGGGGGGAGCGGAGGAGCAGGGAAGAGAGCUUCCCCCGCAGGACGGCGUGUCCCCGAGUCGCCGUGCCGAGAGCCCCCCCGACACGCCGGGGGCGACGACGACGAGGGCCUCCGACGGCGUCGACGUGUCGCCCGCGGCGGGGGCGGCUGCCGCGGCGCUCGCUGCUACGGCGCAGGAGGACUCGGGGCUGGAGCUGCCACUGCCCGUGGCCGGGGUAUACGUGGGUCGGCGAAUCAACCUCCCCGUCCACAGGGAGCGUUUUCUCAGUUUCCUGGACGACUUCUGCCCGAAGACGGGCGUCAGCCGCGACGCGGUCCGCAUCGUCGACGGGGUGAACGCCACCGAGGCGCUCCGGCACUCCUGGCCCACAGAGCUGCUGCCGGGCAUAGAGCAGUACCCGACCCAGGGCCAGAGGGGCCAGCUGGGGCUCGCCCUGGCCCACCUCUCCGCGUGGAAGGCCGUGCGGGACUCGCCCGAGUGCCAGGCGCCGGCGGGGGCGGAGGAGCCCUUCUCCUGGGAGGGGCCGUUGCGGGGCGACAUCCUCGGGUGGGGCUACCGCACGGAUCCCGCGGACACGCUGCUGGCGUGCAGGAAGCUCUGCGAGGAGGACGGCCAGUGCGAGGCCAUCCAGUUCUCGGAGUCUGCCGGGGACGGGCCCGAGCAGGCUUGCGUCCUGCACAACAACAGGUCCGCUUGGCGCUCUGACCAGCACGUCUACAAGGACUUCUUCAUGCACUUCCUCACUCGCGACCCGUCCACGGAGAAUCGGUAUGCCCUCGUCUUCGAGGACGACGAGAAGGUGAACGCGUCGUUCAGGGACGCGGUGAUGGCGAUCGUCCAGGCGACGGUCCACGCCCCCGCGAGGCCGGACUUCAUCAACCUCAAUUGCCUGCGCCCCAGGGGCGAUGCCGUGCCGGCGAAGCUGCCCGGCGACGCGAGGCUGCAGGCCGUGAACAAGGAGCGCGACCACGACAACGAGUGCUGGAACAUCGACGACGCCACGUGCCCGAACGUGUGGAUGGGCCGUGUCUCUUCCUCUGCACAUGCUGCGGUGCGGCGGUGCGAGCGCUCUGCUGGAGGCCAUGCACGACCUCGAGUACGACGGCCAGCCGUACACAGGCAGCCUCACCUUCGACCGCGCGGUCUCCGACAUGCAGCUCCGGCAGAGCAACAGCAUCACGACUUGGGUGAUCUCGCCGCCCAACUCGGUGACGGUGCAUUCGGAAGAGGUGUCGGACCGCAGAGACAUCAACAAAGGGGCCCUGCGCCGGCUGCACACGUGAGUCCAGCCCGAGUCCCGCGACGUUCUCAUGGAGGGGCGACGGCUCCUUCGUGGGCAGGCGCCGCGCGUCGCCGCGUCGCCGGUGAAGGCCAGGAGGGUGGUCCUCGGGAGCCUUGAGGGUCAAUGCAAACGGGGGUCAGCCAGCGCGCCCGAUCUCGGAGGCUCCUGCAGGGCCAGCGUCGCACUGACCGGGGCUUCGGUGCGGGAUCCUGCAGGAUCUUGCAUUCCGUCGGGCCUGACACUCUACGGGGGAAAAAUAGCCGGAAAUAGUCUGGGGACGAUUGUUUGACCUUUUUGUGUGUAUGUUUCAGGUAUUUUUAUUUUUGUCGCCCAAAAUCCGUCUGUAGGGGGGCACGCCCGACUUACAUGUUGCAGGAUCCUUCGCAUGGACCCAGGCAUUGGGUGCAGGAUCUUGCAGGAGUCUGCAAGGCCUGACUGACCCGGCUCUGGAGUGACCCGGGUCGGAAGAUCCCGCCUCCUUUGCCCCGUCCUUUGCCCCGCCCUCCUCCUUUGCCCCGUCCUUCUGGUCGGCAUCCUCCUCUGCCCCGUCCUCCUCUGCCCCGUCCUCCCGCCUCCUUUGCCCCGUCCUGGAGGGUGCGGA